AUGGCUCGUAGUUUCGACUUGAAGACCUUGACGGAUGUUUCUAUUCUCAUAGGAACUGGUAUCUCGCUUUAUUACUUAGUGAACCGGCUUCUAACGGAGGCUGAAGGUGGACCUUUAUCUGGAAGAUCAAAGGAGUCUCGUCAGAAACAGUCGCAACAAUGGACGCGAUUAGUCGCUGCAAAUCCGGGGCUUCAAAACGCUACCUUAAACUCGUAUGAACGGAGUGUUUUGGCUUCGGUGGUGAUGCCUCAGGAUAUCGACGUAAGUUUUGAAGAUAUUGGGGGUUUGACAGAAAUCAUAGAUGAAUUGAGUGAGAGUGUGAUUUAUCCGUUGACAAUGUCUGAAAUUUACAGUUCUUACUCGCUGCUGACCGCCCCCAGAGGUGUUUUGCUGUACGGUCCACCAGGCUGUGGGAAAACUCUCAUUGCUAAAGCGUUGGCACGCGAAGGUGGAGCCAACUUCAUCUCGAUUCGCAUGUCUUCGAUCAUGGACAAAUGGUAUGGUGAGUCCAAUAAGAUCGUCGAUGCUAUUUUCUCGCUUGCCAACAAAAUUCAGCCAGCCAUCAUUUUCAUUGAUGAAAUCGACUCGUUUUUGCGAGAACGGUCUUCUGCAGACCACGAAGUGACUGCGAUGUUGAAGGCCGAGUUUAUGACGCUUUGGGACGGCCUCACGAGCAAUGGUCGCAUCUUGGUACUUGGAGCCACGAAUCGGAUGUCAGACAUCGAUUCUGCGUUUCUAAGGAGAUUGCCCAAACGAUUCUCGAUUCCUUUGCCCGCAGAACGUCAACGUCGCCAGAUUUUGGAAGUGCUCUUGCAGGACUCACAGCUUGACGAGUCCGAUUUUGAUCUCGAUCUCAUUGUUUCUGCCACCCACGGCAAGUCGGGAUCCGAUUUAAAAGAACUAUGUCGCGACGCAGCUUUGAAUGCCGCCAGAGAGUACAUCAGAUUGAAAAGAAACCUCCCUACUUCCACUAACGACGACGAAACUGCCACUUUGAGCAUAAGGCCCCUGCAAACCAAAGAUUUUUUGAAAAAUCUCAAAAUGAAUGCAGACACACCUCUUGGCUCUGCCGCGUUGGAUUAG